AUGCCUUAUCGACCGGAAGGGGAGUUGAAGCGACCUGACUUGAAAGGAGAAUUCACAUGCGGAGUCUGCUUCAAGCGCUUCUGCCACGCGGCCAGCCUCAACCGCCAUCGCCUCAAUUUUCAUUCCGGAAACCAUCAUUGCAGAUUGUGCAAUGGAGAUAUUCCUAAUGGUGAAAAUCUGAAAUCCCACAUGGCCAUCACACACCAAAUCGAACGGGUUUUCACGUGUGGGUGCUGUAACUGGGCUUUCCCUGAUAAGAAAGAACUCCACCAGCACACUUCCGCCAUGAUGAAGACCGGCGAGCCAGGCUCAGCCAAACCGAUCGCAACGAAUUUGAAUGUUGUUCCAGGCUCGAUGGUUGCCGAACGAUCCCCGGGACUGUAUACACCUCGAACUUCCUCGCCUGGCACCACACCAAAAGCCGAGCCUUGCAAACCCCAAGAGCCAAUUGCGACGGCAAUUCCACUAGCGGCAAACCCGAUCUUCCCAUCUCAUGCUCUGAAUAAUGGAAUUCAAACGCAGUUGCUCAAGAUGCUUGCCGCCCAGCUCGAAACUGCCAAUGGCCCGCCACCAGCCUGGCUCAGCGCUUUCCUUGCCAAUAACGCUAUGCUGCCGACAGUGAUGAAGAAUAUCUACACAAAUAAUAAUGACGGCACGAACAGCGAGGCGACCGAUACCUCACACAGCGAGGACGAGCAGUCCAGCUCGGGACGGAAUGACGAUCGUGCUACGGUGGUACCAAGCCCAUUAACCAGUCAAGUGGCCACACCUGAGUGUGUGGAUUCCCCUCUGUCGAUAGAAGUGGCCUCCCCUUCGUCGCCCGCCUCAACUUCGGGACAAUCAGCCACUUCUGAAACUGAAUUGACGUCUACCACUGUUAUAAUGAGCCCUGGCGGAGCUAUGGCCAAGCGAAAACGCACAAUCGACGACGUCGUCUCAUUUUUGGCCAAGAAGAAAAAUAUCCCUGCC